AUGGGUUCGCCGAUUUCGGGAUUUAUCGCCGAGGCGGUCCUGCAACGGUUAGAGUCGCUGGUCUUCCAACACCACAGACCGAAGUACUGGACCCAUUAUGUGGAGCAUAUCUUUGUAAGUUGAAUAUUGAUUUGUUUUCUGUGCCUGCUUGCCACUUUCACUUCGGCAAUGAGCUUGCUUAACGGCUAGCCAACCUUCCAGUAGCCGCCACUGCCGCCGAUGAGAUCGUCUCCGUGGAGAGUUAAGGGUGCAAACUGAGGGACACAGUCUAGUCGACUGCCCUAGCUGUCCUCAGUCGCGCCCGUCGCCGGCACCAGGACUGGUUUGAUGACAACGACGCCGCCACCAGCAACCUGCUCGUCGUGAAAAUUCGACUACACAAAGCCUACGUCAACCUUUUUACCUAUGACAACAAAGCAUCUUUCUACCGUAGUCGCCACUUUUCGCAACAGCGGCUGCAGGAGAUGCAGGACGCCUGGACAGCUCGCAAGGCCGAGGAGAUCCAGGGAUACGUGGGUUACAACGAAUGGAUGAACUUCUUCUCUGCGACCAAAGCUGUAUACGGUCCGCCAACCAAAGACACUGCUCUUCUCCUCUGCGCCGACCGCAGCAGCCUACUCACUGAGAAGUCGCAAAUUAUACAGCGAUAG